AUGAGCAUACACAGAACCUUUACAUCUUUCCCUUCUUCAUCUUCGCAAUGGAAAUAUGAUGUCUUUCUGAGUUUUAGAGGUGAAGACACUCGCAAGGGUUUUACAGACCACUUAUACACUGCAUUGGAACAUCAAGGAAUUACAACUUUCAGGGAGGACCUUGAACUUCAAAAGGGGAUGGCUAUUUCUCCACAGAUUUUGACUGCAAUUGAAGAGUCAAGGUUCGCGCUCAUUGUUCUUUCACGAAAUUAUGCGUCAUCAACAUGGUGCCUCGAUGAACUUGUAACGAUUCUUGAAUGCAUGGAAGAAACAAAAACAGUGCUGCCAAUUUUCUAUGAUGUUGAUCCUUCUGAUGUCCGAAAACAAACAGGAACUGUUGCAGAAGCCUUCAUUAAACAUGAAGAGAGGUUUGUGGAUGAUGCAAAGAAGGUACGAAAGUGGAGAGCUGCCUUUAAAAAAAUAGCAAACCUCUCUGGGUGGAAUUCAAAGGACUGGUACGAAUCAAAGCUUGUCAAAGAUAUUGCUGAAGUGUUACGGAGAAAAUUACUGUUUAGUUCAGUAGAGAACCAAAUAGUUGGAAUUGAUUCAAGAUUGAAACCAAUCAACUUGCUCUUGGGUGCAGGGGUGGAUGAUGUUCGCUUUGUUGGGAUAUGGGGAGUGGGCGGUAUUGGAGCCAUGAUCAUAAGGAGGGUUUUAUGUCAGAAAAAGGUUCUUCUCAUUCUUGAUGAUGUGAAUCAUUUUGAACAAUUAGAAAGUGUGGCUGGAAAUCAUGAGUGGUUUGGUUGUGGGAGUAGAGUUCUCAUUACCACUAGAAAUGAGCAUUUGUUGAUCAAACAUGGAGUGGAGAGAAGAUUUCAGGUAAAGGGACUAAAAAGUGAAGAUGCUCUUCAACUGUUUACUUGGAAAGCUUUUAAAAAGGAUUACCCUGAAAAGUAUUAUCUUAUUUUGUCUAAUCACAUUGUGAGUUAUGUCAAAGGUCUUCCAUUAGCUCUUGAGGUCUUGGGAUCAUUCUUGCAUGGAAGAGGUUUAAGUGAAUGGAACAGUACGUUGGGAAAACUUGGAGUGUGUAACUUGGAAAUUUUUGAGGCAUUAAAAAUUAGUUAUGAUGGUCUAGAUGAUAAUGAGAAGAAAAUGUUCCUGGACAUUGCGUGUUUCUUUAACGGGAAGGACAAAGAUCGAGUAAUAGAAGCUUGUGAUGUUUCUGCAGUUGUUAUAUUAGAAGUCCUCAUUGAGAGAUCUCUCGUAAAGAUUUUGGGUGGAAGGCUUUGGAUGCAUGAUUCGCUCCAAGAAAUGGGUCGGCAAAUUAUACUCCGGGAAUUUCCUGAUGAGCCUGGCCGGUGCAGCAGGUUGUGGUUUCGUGAAGAUGCCGAUCAUGUCUUGAGCAAAAAUACUGGAACAGAGGCAAUAGAAGGCAUAGUUCUGCACCCAGCUGAUCCAGGGGCACAGGUGCAUGCAAAUGCUAAAUCCUUUUCAAAGAUGGUGAAACUAAGAUACCUCAAGAUUAGUAAUGUGAGCAUUUACAAUGGACUUGAAGAUCUUCCCAAUAGCUUACGCAUUCUUAAAUGGACGGGGUAUCCUUUAACAUAUUUCCCACCACAUUUCAACCCAGAGAAGCUACUAGAACUCAAAAUGUGUCAUAGUUACAUAAAACAUUUUCGGAUGGGAACAAAACCUUUACACAAUUUAAAAACCAUCAAACUCAGUCACUCUCUGAAUCUUGUCAGCACACCCAACUUUAAAGGUAUGCCAAAUCUUGAGGUUCUGAUUCUUGAAGGUUGUACACGAUUGUUUGAAGUUGAUCCAUCAAUUCAAGUGCUGGAAAGACUUACUCUGCUGAACUUGAAAGAUUGCAAAAAUCUUGCCCAUCUUCCAAGCAGUGUAGGUUGCUUAAAAUCUCUCAAAGUUCUUAAUCUUUUUGGUUGUUCAAGGCUUACUAUAUUGCCAGAAGAGUUGGGUUACAUAGAGUGUUUGGAGGAGCUUGAUGUGAGUAGAACUUCCAUAAGAGAACUACCUUCCUCUAUUGGAAGGCUUAAAGGUCUUACUUUGAUGAACUUGAAAGAUUGCAAAUAUUUUAUGCAUCUUCCAACUAGUGUAAAUGGCUUAAAAUGUCUCAAAGUUCUUAAUCUUUCUGGUUGUACAAGACUUCAUGAACUGCCGGAAGAGUUGGGUCAUGUAGAGUGUUUGGAGAAGCUUGAUGUGAGCGGAACUACCAUAUUAUUAGAAUUGUUGGCUAGUCUUGUUAGGGAGGUCUCUAACUUAUUCUUGUUAGGGAAGUCUUUAACCUAG